AGUUCAGCUCCCUGGAGGGGUGAAGGAGGGACGUCCCAAAGACCGGUCUUUGAGGAAGGAGUGGGACUUGACAUCGGGAGGAAGGACCCAGUUCGGUGUCUCAGGGGAGCGAAGGUUUUAGGGGGACAGCUGGGAGUCUCCAAUAUAUAGACCACUGAAGGUUGAAGGAGGUACUUGUUGGCACAAGGCCUUGGGUAGGAAGGGGGCGAAGUCCUAGCUGAAGUGUGUGUGUGUGUGGAGGGGGGGGCGAGGCUAGAGGAAGUGGCUGGGCCUGAACUUGGCACUGUGCCUGACACAAGGGCGAGGGCAUCCCCCCUACCCUCAGCUUUGCUUUCUAAAGCCACUUCCCAGGAGCAGGGACCCUCGUUCAUCUCUGACUCCUGGUUCCCUGUAGCCCUGGGGGAGUGAAGAAUUAAGUGUCUGAGCCUAGGAGUGGAACCCAAAUGCUGCUGAUAGGAUUCAUCUUAGUUUUGGGGAACUGGCUUUAUUUCCCUUAUGUACACUUAGUGGGUGUCACUGAACGCCUUUGACUCUCGCCCUUCCAUCCUUGGAUUGUUGGUUGGGGAAGCUGUCUGCUUUCCAAAUUGCUGACAGUCAACUUCUGAGGUUCUCCACAGUUCUCUGGUGGCUUUCCUUACUGGCCUCUGUAACUUAGACAAUUUGUUUCCAGAAAGUUCAGGAGCCCUGGAAAGGAGAAGGAAUAAGACGACAGGAGGAAGAGAGAGAGAGGGUAGAAUGGAAGAGUCUCAUUUCAAUUCUAACCCAUACUUCUGGCCUUCUAUCCCCACAGUCUCAGGGCAGAUUGAAAACACUAUGUUCAUCAACAAGAUGAAGGAUCAGCUGUUGCCAGAGAAGGGCUGUGGACUGGCGCCACCUCACUAUCCCACUUUGCUAACAGUCCCUGCCUCAGUGUCCCUGUCCUCUGGCAUCAGCAUGGACACAGAGUCCAAGUCAGAACAGCUGACCCCACACAGUCAGGCAUCUGUUACCCAGAAUAUCACAGUGGUUCCUGUACCAUCUACAGGACUCAUGACUGCGGGAGUCUCCUGUUCUCAGAGGUGGAGAAGAGAAGGGAGUCAAUCAAGGGGUCCUGGUUUGGUAAUCACAUCCCCGUCAGGCUCUCUUGUGACCACAGCCUCAUCAGCUCAGACUUUCCCUAUCUCGGCUCCCAUGAUUGUCUCAGCUCUUCCCCCUGGCUCACAAGCCCUACAGGUGGUCCCUGACCUCUCCAAGAAGGUAGCAUCAACCCUGACUGAGGAAGGAGGUGGUGGUGGAGGUGGCACUGUGGCUCCUCCUAAACCUCCUCGGGGCCGCAAGAAGAAGCGGAUGCUGGAAUCGGGGCUUCCUGAGAUGAAUGACCCUUACGUCCUUGCCCCUGGGGAUGACGACCACCAGAAAGAUGGCAAGACCUACAGGAGCGAAGGGAACUGCGGCACAGGAAAUGGACAGAGCCUUGGGCUCAUGGAUUCAGUUCCCGGCUCCACCACGAACUUGCUGUGUGACCCUGGGUGCCGGAUGUGCUCACUGACCUUCUACUCAAAGUCGGAGAUGCAGAUCCACUCCAAGUCACACACCGAGACCAAGCCCCACAAGUGCCCACACUGCUCCAAGACCUUCGCCAACAGCUCCUACCUGGCCCAGCACAUCCGUAUCCACUCAGGGGCCAAGCCCUAUAGUUGUAACUUUUGUGAGAAAUCCUUCCGCCAGCUCUCACAUCUGCAGCAGCACACCCGAAUCCACACCGGUGAUAGACCAUACAAAUGUGCACACCCGGGCUGUGAGAAGGCUUUCACACAACUCUCCAAUCUGCAGUCUCACAGACGGCAGCACAACAAAGAUAAACCCUUCAAGUGCCACAACUGUCACCGAGCAUAUACAGACGCAGCCUCUCUAGAGGCCCACUUGUCUACACACACAGUGAAACACGCCAAGGUUUAUACCUGCACAAUCUGUAGUCGGGCAUAUACAUCAGAAACUUACCUUAUGAAACAUAUGCGCAAACACAACCCUCCUGAUCUUCAACAACAAGUGCAAGCGGCAGCAGCAGCAGCAGCAGUGGCUCAGGCCCAGGCCCAGGCCCAGGCUCAGGCUCAGGCCCAGGCCCAGGCCCAGGCUCAAGCUCAAGCCCAAGCCCAAGCCCAAGCUUCACAGGCAUCGCAGCAGCAGCAGCAGCCACCACCACCACCUCCACAGCCACCACACUUCCAGUCCCCUGGGGCAGCUCCCCAGGGAGGGGGUGGUGGGGACAGCAACCCGAACCCUCCACCCCAGUGUUCCUUUGACCUGACUCCCUAUAAGCCGGCAGAGCAUCAUAAAGACAUCUGCCUCACUGUCACCACCAGCACCAUCCAGGUGGAGCACCUGGCCAGCUCUUAGAGAUCCGAACUGCCAUCCAUUGGAAAGGGGAGAAGUCCUGGUCCCUCCUUUGUCAACUCUUCUUGGUGGGAAAGUUCUCUUCUUCCUUGACAAGUCCUGGCUCCAGCUCCUUGGGUCUCAGGCAUGGCUUUUCUUCGCAAGAUAACCAUCCUUAAUCUCAGCUGCUCCUGAUUGGCCAAGGAAUCCUGGGCUGAUAGUGUUAUCCAACAGCCCCCAUCCAAACAGCUUUGAAAACUGGGGCUUGGUGCUUGAGAGAAGGAUCCGCUGUGACCUCACAUUUGUCCAGUGUGGGGCGCUUACCUUUCUCUCUUCAUCCUCAAAGUUGGGGCUGAUGGAAGACUAGUGGCUGGCCCUCCCAGAUAACAGAGAAGGGAUCUCUAAAUGCCACCAGCCUUCCGUUCUAAGCUCACCUGUAAAAGAACAGAGUUUGCACGUGGCCUGACCCCUGUGAGCCAUUUUCUUCUCCUUACAUGGUCUCACUUCGUAUUGAGUGGUGACUAUACCUUUUUAUUGGUAAGGGGGCAAUAGCUGAUUCUGCCAAGGUGCCAGAGAUUCCCCAGGUGACCAAGGGUGGCUUAAGAGUGUGAGUUAUGAUUUUUCCUUACAGCCUCCUUCCUUCUCUGCCAACCAAGGGCCUGCGUACUCAGUCUCACCCACCUCCCCCACCCCCCCAUCCAGGGGGCUCUGAGAGCUGCAUUAGCUGUGCUCUCUGCAAUGCCAGCUGGGCUUUUGCAGAGAGGGAGGAUGCAGGGCACACACAGGACUGGACUUAGCCUCCCUAGGUGCCACGGUCAGAUGCCGGACAUGGAUUUAUAUAUAAAUAUAUAUAUAAAUAUAUAUAUAUAUAUACCUGCUCAUCACGGCCAUCUUUGUUGUAACCAUUUCUGUGUUUAUAAAUGCAUUAUCUCUGAGAA